CCGAACCAAACAACAGAGCCUUCACCUCGUCACUUUGUAAUUUACAAGAUCGCCAUCGCCCCGACGAUAUCCAAACACAGAUAGUAUACCAUGACACUCUGGUCGCGCGCUACCCCCAUGUCGUCGGCGUCGUCGUCGCCUUCGCCGCUCUGUGUCGCGGCGUCCUUUGAAGACCGCUGCAAGUAUGCGUUCAAGCGGUGCCCCAACGCGCGGUCCGCAAAACGCAACGGCCAGCUGCACUCGUACUGCGAGUUUCACCGCCGCCGCGCCAACUCGACGCAAAAGACGUACGCCACGAAGAAGAAAGAGGCCAUGGACCUCCUCGAUCAGUCCGCUUCGCCCGCGGUGCUCGUGCGCCGGCGCCACAGCGACAGCCUCGACGAUGACGAGUCCAAGUACGCGCCGCUGCCGUUCACACCCGAAGUGUACGAGCACACCGCGACGCUGUCGUGGCACGAAAUCGAAUACGUUCUGCGCGCCCUCUUUGCGUCGUAGAAGUCGCCGCCUCUGCGAGAUGCACCACCGCACGUCACCGUAGGCUUGGAUAUGAAUAAAGCGUUGACGUAUUAUUUAAACGA